CGAGUCGGGGUGUCAAACGGGCGCCAGCGUAGAGUGCUCUGGGCGUGUCACAUCUAAAUAAAGAAACCAUGACGCGGAGCGCGUCAUGUCAGAGAGCAUGGGACUACGAAGCGCAUCAGCGCAUUGUCAAAUCAUCGGGUACGCGCCUCAGAUACAACAACAUCGUCCUCGCCUCUUUACCCAGCUUAGGCUGAUAACUGAGGGAGACGAUCGCACGCUAUACGGCAUAGUGCGGUCCCCGCUGUCGGCCUGGCUUGCGGAGCACAUCGCCGUCCUGCAUUUCUUCAAGAUUGGCCCUCGUGGUUAUCCACUCUGGACGGCUCUCCUCCGCCUCCUCCCCGCGUGCCGCGACAUCUCGCAUCGUUUCGGUGUCGAGCCCAUCCGCGUGUCGCUGUCGCACAGCGCAGGUCUGAAGAGCUCGUUGCGGAGCAUCACCUCCUUGACACUCAGAAAUUGCAACUUCCCGUCAUUGCAAAUCCUGCUCCGCAUACUAGCCGACAUCACCUACAACAGCUGACGCCGCGAGCAAUGUCUGCACGGGUGCCUUCAGCCAUGUCUGCUCAGUCAGGAUGUACGACUGCACGAACAACAUGGUAGUGGCCGCAUGGAUCUUGGCGGCCGCGAGCACACGACACUCGUUCACCCGACGUCGGACGGCAGGGCCAGCAGUCCCUGCGGAGACAUGGGCCAUCAUCGAGCUCAUCCAGACGUUCUUCAAGGACGACGACAAGUUCCGGAUGGUCCAAGAUACUUACAGAUUUGUUGGUUCCCUGCCUUUCGCAUACAUCUCAGUCCGGGUUGUCAAGUCUGCGCCUACCGCCGGCACCAAUGAGGCCUGGUCUGUCUGCCAAAUCGUUCUCGCUGCCCGAAACGAAAUGUUUUCGGAAUCGCACCAGUAUUUCCACUCUUGCGAUUGGUCCGCGCUCGCUUCCCUUCUGCCUGCGUUUCCACAAUUACAACAGUUCCAAGUCCUCUGCGGGGAGGAGCAUUCAGAAGAGGACUUCCGCGCACUCUCUGACAAGGUUGCAGAGGCCAUGAACAGCCACACGUAUCUGCUUGUCGUGCUUCAACAUGAUCCUGACCUGCCAGGCGGGAGAUACUUGCAGCCUGCGCUGUUUGAUCUAACCGAGGCGGAUGUGGAGAAAGCUCGGCAGCCUGAGGAAAAGGUGAGGACUGGAAAGCAGAGUUACUUGAUACCUAG